AUCGGAAUGCUCUUUUUAUUUCCAGAAACAAUGAAGCUUCUAAUAGCGAUUGCACUAGCGUGCAUCGUUGGCCUAGCCUACGGCCGGCCUCAAGGCAAGUACACCAGCAAAUGGGACAACAUCAACGUCGACGAGAUCCUGGAGUCCCAACGACUCCUAAAGGCCUACACCGACUGCCUCAUGGACAGGGGCCGCUGUACUCCAGACGCCAAAGCCUUGAAGGAAACCCUUCCUGACGCCUUAGAGAAUGAAUGCUCCAAGUGCACUGAGAAGCAAAAGCAGGGAUCUGAUAAAAUCAUUAGGAAUCUCGUCAAUAAGCAUCCUGACAUUUGGAAGGAACUGUCAGGCAAGUUUGAUCCUGACAACAAGUACUCUGAGAAAUACAAGGACAAACUGGAGAAGGUCAAGCAGUAAAUAUAAUCUUUCUGAGUCAUGGUGACAGUCCUCGAGGUACGAAGUUGAUGAGCGUUUGAUUUGGUGGCGAUUUUUUGUACAUUUUAAUAAACGUCAUUGUACCU